AUCAACAACCUGUUUCCUAUGAGAUUCUUCUUGAAUCCCAAUCGAUCCAGCUCAAUCAUUUCCAAAGACUUUAGAUGGGGAAAUAGAGGAGCAAAAACUUGGACAACAAAUCGAUUCGAACUUUAUAUCAAUAUACAGGGAAUUGGGGAAGUCAGGGAUCCUGCUGCGCGUCAAAUCUCGAACUAUCUGCAACAUUCACCCAUUGGGAAAAGGAAAGCUUGCCCUUAAAGCUAUUUAAUACCUCUCAUACUCGACUCCGAAGCCCUGCCAAUGUUCUGAGGCGAAUUGUACGACUUGAAAACCACUUUUCUCAGCGACUAUCCACCGUUUGACAACGCAUCGGAGUCGCGAAACGAAACAUCAACUGGGGGUUAUUGGCGUUAAUUAGAAGGACUUGAUUUGGUUAUUUGCAUUUCUCCAAGACUGAAGUGACGUUCCGAGGUUUAAGAUCGAUCAACAUUGCGGCAUUCACUACGAAAACCUGGACUUGAUCACGCACAACAAUUUGGCGACAUAGACCGAUCCCCCCUCGUCUACGUGGUGUGCGCUACAUUCGAAAUGACCUGAACUGGAAGUGAAGCCCAGGCAUACCGUCUUGAUCGCAUAUUCAACUAGCGCAAGGCACCGGUUCAAUACCAAAAUCUUGAGACUCGGAGCGCAAUCAACUAAGACUCGAAUUUGGUAGAAGAGAGGAGGAAACGGACAGGAAUAGAGCAGUAAUAGUCUGUUUAUCUUGCCGCAACAAUGCCAACAAUCAAUGUCUUGCCAACCUCUGCUGCUGAAUUGCAGGAAAUUGCAGAUAUCCUUGCGAAAUCAAGGAAAGUUGUGGUUGUGACAGGAGCUGGAAUCAGUACGAAUGUCGGAAUACCUGAUUUUCGUUCCGAACAUGGACUGUAUUCCAUGAUACAAGCCCAAUAUGAUGCUGCACUGGAGAAUCCGCCUUGGGAAAUUAAUGAUUAUGAUAUUGAUGAUCGACCGAAGAAGAAAAGACGUGUCACGGAGCGCUAUUAUUACGAGCUUGUGACAGCUGAUGGUGUAAGGGUAGAGCUGCCACCUGAAGAAUCAUCUGAGUUGCCCUCUCAGCAACCCUCUGAGCAGUCUUCCCAGCGGUCUUCCCAGCAGUCUUCCCAGCAGUCUUCUCAACAAUCCUCUCAAUCGCCAUCAAAAGAACCUUCAGCGCAACCAGAAACUCCUGCUCUAGCUCCAUCGAGAAGAAGUUCUCGCAGGCAUACAUCUUUGAUACAAGAUAAUCUCAAAAGUGAAUCUCAGAAACCGAGUGUGGAAACUCCAUCUGCCAUAAAUUCUAAUACCCCGAUCACAAACGUGAAUUCAAACAACAAAUCACCAAUAAUACCCCCGAAACGCCAAACUCGAAACGCUUCUUCGGCGCAGGACAAAUCUAUCAAAGAAUCUCCAAAACCAAAUUCGAAGGGUCAAUCUGCUCAUAAUCUGCAUGAUUCUCUCUCUCAGGCGACUCCCACCAAUACAACACAUCUGUUGCCCCCGAAAAGGCAAGCUUUCAGGUCUCGAACUUCUAUUCUGGCACAAGAUGAUAUCAAGAUUGAAUCGCCAAAAUCCAACACCAAGGGCAAGUCUUCCAAACUUCGGGCUAUUCGCGCUUGUGAUAGGUGUCGAGUUCGAAAGAUCAAGUGUGGUGAUACCCGACCAAGCUGUGAACCAUGUGCCAAAUCCAAAGUUGAGUGUACUACCACCGAAAACCCCAAUCGACGAGUAUCUCAAAUUGAAGAUACUAAAUCUCAUGAAGAAAUAAAUCCUUCAAUGGAAAUGGAGCUCGAUUCGGAAGGAUCCAAUACUGAAGAGAAUGCUUCACAACAAUUACUUCAAGAAUCGAGUGAAUAUUCAUCUCAAUAUUCAUCGGAAUAUUCUCGGUUGCCCCAGGACUUGGAGUCAAUUGACAACAAACAAAAACGAACUCGACGUUCACUCCGAACAAGCUCUCCCUUAUCUACAGCGAAAGAUGAAAAUUCCAAUACGGCAAGAAUUUCUUCCGAUUCUUCCUCAUCAAAUUCACUACGACGUGAAAGUAGUCUUCGGUCAACAAUUCAAGCCUCAACCAGCAAUCCAAAAUCUAUUCCUUCAAAAUCACGAACACUUCAAAGGUCUUCGUCACUUAUACCUUCUGUCGCCAGUUCAAUUGUCGAAAGCAAGACUUCACGACAAUCAGUGAAAUCACGAGCUGAUAGUUUACCUCCACAACUGACAGAACUAUCCUCUUCACUUCUCAGAAAAUCUUCUCGAAGAAAUACACCUGCAUUUGAACUUUCCAAUAGCAAACUCUCUUCAACCACAAAUACUGAAAGUGCAUCUACAACUGGCAGCGCCACACCUUCAGCUUCAUCAAGUGAUUGUAGUAGCAACAACAACAGCAACAACAACAACAAACGAAAUCUGUUGAGUGAAGUCAGUUCCGUCACAACUGCUUCCGAAUUCGAAGAACCUCCUUCACAAUCAUCUCAAUCAGCUUCAUCACGUACAUUACCAAAUCUCAAAGGAAAAGAUCUAUUUGACUCAGUCAUUUGGUCCGAUCCUUUCUCAACUUCUAUAUUUUACAUGUUCAUCUCCAAUUUUCGUCGCAGAAUUAAUAACGAUGUCAAGUCUACCACCACCACCCACCAAUUUAUCCGCUCUCUCAGAGACAACGGUCGCCUCGUCCGGAAUUACACACAAAAUAUCGAUUGCCUCGAAGAACGCGAGGGACUCACUACGGAUCUCGAACUUGGCGCGGGUGAUCGCACGCGUUUUCAAACCAAAAUCCAGGGCAAAUCACUCACAGCUGGAGCAGAUGAACGAGGAGGAAAAGAAGCCCCUGCUGCAACUGGAGUAGAGUGCGUUUUGCUACACGGGUCACUUCGUAAGUUGCGAUGCGGUGUAUGUUCGAAACUUACCAGUUGGGACGAGGAAGAUAGGGAGACUACUACAAUGGCUGGGUCCGCUCCCGAUUGUCCUUCUUGUAUUUCAAGCUCUAUAUCACGUCAAGACAAAGGUCGCAGAGGUUUGGCUGUGGGGAGAUUGAGGCCUGACAUUGUUCUUUAUGGAGAAGAACAUCCGCACGCAAAUUUGGUGGGGCCGUUAAUUAUUCACGAUCUAAAAUUAGGUCCAGAUGUCCUUCUUAUUCUUGGUACUAGCUUGAGAGUUCACGGGCUCAAGAUUAUGGUCAAAGAAUUCGCACAAGCUGUACAUGCUAGAGGAGGGAGUGUCAUUUUCGUUAAUCAAACGAAGCCACCCGAGAGUCAAUGGGGCGAUGUGAUCGACUAUUGGGUAGAAUGGGAUUGUGAUGCAUGGGUGCUGGACUUGAAAAAGAGACGAAGUGAUAUCUGGCAGCCAUAUACAAAUGUCACACAAACCGUUGCCAGCAAGGAACCGGCGCCUUCCAGGCAGCGUAACACAUCUGAUAAAAUACCACCAUACCGUCCACAGUGUAAGAGAGACGAUAAGACCAAUGCAGUUCAUUUCACAUUCAAGAUCCUUGACGACCUGCGGAAACUCAAGGAUGCCGAAGGGAAUGGAUCAGUACGGCCAAUGUACUGGGUGCCUUUCGAUCGUAGUAGACCUUUCAGAGCUUCGACUGGACAAAUAUCAGAAAAGAAACCGAUUAAGAAGCCUCGAGCGUCAGUGUUACCCAUUAGAAAAGGUCGAAAAUCUCUCCCAGCUUCAUCGACUAUCAAAGUUUCCACAACUUCCACAAGUAGCAAAUCCCAAAGACGGAAAACUAUCCCCGACAACACUCCCGCGAAAGCUUGUCCAACCGAACCACAUCGAAGUGGUGCUUGGCUUGAAGACUCUCUCUUGAAAAUCGUCCGCAGACUCACCAACAACACGCUCUCCGAAGAACUUCUAGAGGACUUACGCGGCAGAGUACCAUUUGAACGACUUGCCGAAAAUGUACCAGGGAACAGCAUUGGAUACAAGAGAUCUUUCUCAGAUGUUGGCAUAGAGGGUGCAUUGGAAGGAAUUGGUCUGCCAAAUAUGCGAGGACUGUUAGAUUCUAGUAUUAGCAUAAAAGGAAUGAGUUUGAGUAGUUUGCCUCCCACUGGAUCUCCGGAAUCAGGAAGGAAAGAUCUGGGGAAAGGAAAGGGAAAGAUGGUUGAUAGAGGGGAGAAGGAGAGGGCUAGUUUGCCGCUCGAACCGGCUUUGGAAGAGGAUCAAAAUACUAUUGUGGUGCAGUCGAGACAGGUACAGGCGAUGAAACAUUCGUAUGGAACGAGAAGUAAACGAAAUAGUAUGGAAAUUAGUUUCGAGGAUAUGGGGGUGAGUGGGAGUGGGAAUGCUGGAGAUACAAUUGUCGUUCUCAAUAGAGAUAGAAUGAGUAUUGGAGCUGUCUGUAACGAUAGAUGAAUGGUCGAUAGUUGAAUUGCUGGAUUGGCCGGAACUGUAUACACUGGACUUGAUGGAUUUACUGGAUUAGCUAGGGUUUAGCUGAGAGGAGAAUAUAUAGACAGACUGUUUUGUGCUUGGUCAACGGAUGGAUGGAGCGAGGGGUGUAGAAUAUGAUACCAUGAAUUGAGCACUCUUUGUAAGAAUUACUUGAGAUGAGAUUGGGAUGACGUAUGUGUAUGUUUAUUUGCACUUACAUUUAGGAUGGGAGUGAAGUAAUCCGUUCGGCUGGGAGGAUAUAAUUAUCAAGUUGAGAAUAUAAGUGACGAGGAAUAAUACUCGUAGGCUUGUGGAUGAG